CCAGGCAGCGUUUAAUUGCAGAGUGCAAAGGCUUUUAGUUGGGCUAAUGAGCUCAGCACCGGAGCUGAGGCGCUUCCACGCACCCUCUGAGAAAGCAAAACACCACAUGGAGUCCUUCACCAGACGAGCCUCACACAGCGGCUGGAUUUCAGGUGGAGGGGAGAGAAGGGAUUUUCAAAUAAUCCAGGUACUAUCGACUAUGUGAGAGAAUAUACCAGAGGCGAGAGGCGCUAAGAGGUGGAGAAAAGAGCCAGAGAGGGGAGGGGAGGAGACGGGAAAUACUCUGCCAAAGAGAGAGAGACUGGACGCCUGCAGCACCAAAUGAGACAGAGCAACGAGGCGGGAGAGGUAGAAAGAGAGACAGAGAGGGAGGGAGGUGGAGAGGGGCCCCGUCCUGGAGAGAGGGCUACAGGGUGACCAAAGAAGAAGGAACGAGAAAAAGUUUGAGGGGGGAAGUACGUAAAGUAUCGAAGGUCUGCGGAAAGUGUGCAUGUAAGAUUAACAGUUACAAGAGAAAAGAAAAGGGGAAACAACAGACAGGAAGGAAGGGGAGGGAGGAAGGAGUCUUGGGUUGAGAGUUGAAGAAAAAAAAAGAAAGACAAAAGUUUUCUUGUGGGAAGACGUAGAUGAGAAAAACAGCGAGCAAAUGACUGGCCUGGAGUGAGCUCGUAUGGAAAGGAAAGCAGUCGUUUUUUAAGGCGUUUUCUUCUCAAGUCUGCUGCCCACUUCGGACAUGUACACAGAAGGCUCCGAAACGACGGGACACCACCGAUUUCUGAACUACAGCAACAGUAACAGCCCCUGCCCCUGCCGGCACUGCAUCUACUAUGACCAGCUGCACGGGCAUCAGCAAGCCAGACAAAUGGACCCGUCAUCGCACGGCUGCUGGAGAGACACCCAGGCUCCUCGGGGUAAAGAUGGAGGAGGCAGAGAUUUCCUGGUGGACAGAAUUGAAAGAAGCGGUCAUUUCAGCCCACAGAGGAGGCCUGUGUUUGCGGGGCCGGGCCCUUGGAGUCAGUCGGAUGACUUGAGUCAAUCCUGCCCCUGGGAGUUGAACCCUGCCCAGUGGGGCGACCCGACGGAGCCUGGGGUGAGACACUGCUCAUUUGUGAGAGAACAGUGUGGCUGUGUGGCAGGCAGUGACAGAGCACGCCCCUUCCACUCUGGGAUACCCCACCCUCUCCCUCAUCUUCAGGUCAAAGGUCAAGGGUACAGACGAAGGCGGACUGUCAGGUACAUAUCGGUGGAUGAGGAGGAAGGCUGUGCAUGCGCUCCUAAUGGCUAUCAUUUGGAGCUGCGCCAUCCCCAGUCGGGUCAUUCGCACUUGACAAAUGGCCACUGUGGACCGAGGCGUGUGGUCUUUAAGGGAGAGGAGGAAAGAGAUUGCUAUCUGGACCAGGGCAGGCCAAAGGGUGGAUCAGAGGACCACUUUAACGGCUACGCUGAGUCUGAUAAGGGCUUCUUUCCGACUGAAGUCCCUCAGAAGCACUUGAGCCAAAGGAGACAUAAGGGAUCUGACAUCACCUGCUCAGAAACCUCCAAAACAACCACCAACAGUGAUCUCCACAGUGAAGGUUCAGAAGUGACGAGGCAAAGGGGGCGGCAGGACUUGGUGAGGGAUCAAAUCCGACAAGUCGUAGCAGAUCUGGAGGAAGUGUUGGGGGGUCUGAAGCAAGUUCACGUGGAGAUGAAAGAGGUGGUUGAGCAGAUUGAUCGCCUCACAGCGAAUAUCGACCUCAGCGAAGAGGAGCCGUGCAUCACUCUGGGGUCAUCCAAUAACCUUCAUGAUUCGGCGUCUUCAGGGGACUUCAGGUUAUCCCCUCUACCCGCUCGCAAGCCUGCUGCGGUCCGGGUAUCGUCGCACGGCGUUGACGAAGACCACGUCGUAUUCAGAACCAACUCCGUCUCUCCCGUCCACAUGGCGUCCGUCGUCAAAACGAGCCACUUCACCCCACCCAGUCUCCAGAAAGGCGUCAGCCACAAAAAGCCGAGCGCAAACGGCCACCUGCCUCACCUGCAACUCGCAGGAGAUUUAAACCACAACGGCCCGAUUCGUCCAGAACCUCACCCACACACCCUUGACCCUACAGUCAUCAUAGGCAACAGUACUUCCAGUGCAAGAACUCAAAAGCCGCCACCUUACCCUCAAAAUGGCCGGUGUGGGAAGGGCCCAUACCCGCCGCUGAAGCCCGUUAGGACCCCUGCCUACCCUGCUAGAGGACGCCAGAGCACCAGCAUGGUGUAAAGGAGGCGGGGCGUGGGUGGGUUGGUGGAAGACCCCCACUGGCACAGGAGGCCCAGCCGUGGAGAGCAGAGCUCAGAAAGGGACAAGGCAGGGGAACAAUUCAGAAUGCUGCUGAAACAAGCUGGUGGAAACGGAGCACGGCCUGAAGGUGGGGAUGUUUUCACAGGGAAAAACUCCCCCGAAGUCGAGCGUUGACCUGCUGCUGUCGCAUGAGAGCAUGAGGCUCUCAAACCUCUCUCAAAAAUUUACCUGGAGAUGUAUAGCUAGUACAAACAGAAAUUAAACGCAAAACAUCCAUCAACUGAAACAAAAAGAUGUAUUUUCAUGAUAGAAUUUAUUUAUUUUUACUGUUUUCAUCCCCCAAAGAUCUAUUUUUAUGCGGUUUCCAGUAAGGAUGUUGCUUGAAGUAGAGUGUACUGUAAAAAAAGAUAUCAUCUAUGAAGCUAUAAAGUUAUUUUCUUACAUAAGACUGUUUUUCUUUCUGCUACAGGAAUUUGAAGAGCAGAGACUGAAUUGCAAUAAAAUGAGAUUUCCUGCACUUUUGCCACACAAAUCAGACAUCUCACUUAUUUUAGAAAUACAUAAUUGAUUAUUGAAUGUCUCAUGUUUGCAAAUCAAAUAAACAGAUUACACCAGCAUUACAUC